AUGUCAUCCCUCAUCGAGCCCUUCACCACUGCAAAUGGCUGCAAGCUGCGGAGCCGAGUCGUCAUGGCCGCACUUACGCGGAAUCGAUGCGUUGACUCCUUCAAGCCUGGUCCAGCUCAAGUCAAGUAUUACACUGAUAGAGCUCGAGAUGGUGCUGGCAUCAUAGUGAGCGAAGGCAUCCUCGUCGACUGGGCCGGUACAGACUGGAAGCAUGCCCCUUUCAUGAUCACCGAUGAUCAUGCCCAAGCAUGGCGGACAGUUGUCGAUGCGGUCCACAAGGAAGGAGCAUUGAUGUUCUUCCAGGCAUGGCAUCCAGGACGAUGUCAAAACGAGCAGAUGCCUAUAAUGAAAGAGACAGGUCGCGCGGUCUUUGCACCAUCUGCUAUUCCUGCCAAAUACGGUAAAUACCACGACUUACCUGGCAUGCCGGGUCAUACCACCAACGUGCAUGCCAUCGAGAACCCCCGAGAUCUUAUAGAUACGUAUCGGCGUUCAGCCCUGUUGGCUAAGAAGGCUGGCUUCGACGGCAUCGAGUUUAUCAUUCAAGGGCGCGCCAACAAACGGACUGACGCCUACGGGGGCUCUGUCGAGAACCGCUGUCGCUUCAACCUUGAGCUUGCCGAUGCUCUUAGCGAAGAUUUUGGUGGCCCUGAAUUUAUCGGUGUCAAGAUCUGUCCUACCGACAGCCUCAACGACUCCAUGGUCACGUUCGAGGAAAUGCAAGAGACAUACACCUAUUUGAUCAAGAAGUUAGUAGAGCGGAAAUUAGGCUUCAUAACCAUUUGUCGACGUGGGGCCAACAUAGGUGCCGAAACCGAGUUUAGUUUUCCGCGACCAGAAGGAUAUUUGUUGCCGCCAAUGUAUGAUCCAGUCCUGGACUUCGGCGGUCUGGUCAAGUAUCCUGGCAGCCAGACGACGCUUAUGGUCAACCAGGACUAUGAUGUCGAAGAAGCUGAUCAGCUGAUCAAAGAGGGUAAGAUUGAUCUGCUUCAGAUCGGAAGACCGUACAUCUACAACCCGGACCCGGUCAACCGCAUCAGAAAGGGAGUUCCGUUCGCUAAGAACGACCGAGAUGACAGUGUUUAUUAUGGUCCGUACAACACGCCAGAUGAGAACUACAAUGACUGGCCCAAGGCUACUGCCUGA